UAUUAUAAAUAAAGUUGGGUUUAAAAAAAAAAAACGCCGAAUGUUAGUGCAGUUGGAUCCUCUAAAUACCGCGGUUCUCUUUUCCUAAUUCCUUAUCAGUUAUCCUUUGCGUCUUUCCUUGACCUCAUGACGUUUUCCAUCAAGGUGAAGAAAAGGUGGUUGGGAAAGGAGAUUUGUUUUGACUAUUCUAUCGCAGCCCCAGAAUCCCUCCUACGCUCGAGCAGAACAGCUAAGGUGGUGAAGUACUUUCAGAGCCUGAUGGUUUUGAUUGCUGCAAGGAAGAGGAGUAAUAUAUAACCAGUAGAAGAGAGGCAAGUGUAUUUAUUUUAUAUCUCAUCAUUUUAUAUCACAGUAAUAGUAAGAGAUCGUAAAUGUGGCGAUCUUGGCGGAAUGUUGCGUCUGUGCGCAAAAUGCACGAUUGGUUUGCGUAUCCACAGUCAUGUCUAUUGUUUGACCAAAUCAACUGUCAGUUAGUAAAAGCUCACGCUCAGCUGUGAGCAGUGAGCGACGAGGAGCCGUCGACUUCGACUGUUAUGGCACACUGCUCUGAGCCGUUUCCACAGGGAUCUUUCUCAGCUGCCAGUGCCCAGUGAUCAUCAUGAUCCAGCAGCCACACACAUCCAGCCCCGGGACACUGGGCUAGAGUGCACCCUGAGUUGUGGUUCAGCUUCUCCCCUGUGGAUUACAUAACAUCCAGACUCUUUGGGUCUGGUAUACAGGCACUGCACAAAGCUCUUAUCUAAGAGUGGAACUUUUCCUGUGUGGAGUAACAGUGUAUGGUAGAUGACAAUGAGGCUGGUCUGUUGCUGCAGUGCUUUGCUGCUGAUUGUCCUCAUUCCCAGCGCCUGUCAAGCUGGCAACAUCUUAGUCUUUCCCAUUGAAGGCAGCCACUGGAUAAACAUGGAUAUUUUACUUCGAGCUCUGCACUCAAGAGGACACAACAUAACUAUUCUGCGUUCCAGCAAAAGCUGGUACAUCAAGGAGAACUCCUCUUAUUACAACACAAUCACAGUUCAAGUGGAGAGGAGCUUAGAUCAGAGGACUAUCACAGAGAUGGUAUCUAAGGUCAUUAAUUUUGAUAGGGGUGUUCUUCCCCUGAUCAGUUUUCUCCACAUUACUGUGGGAAUGUUUAGUACUUUUUUUGAAGCUCAUGAAAUGGUGAGUGAUUAUGUGUCAGCGAUGCUAGAUGACCAAGAGUUGAUGCAAAACAUGAAGGACAGCAAGUUUGACAUGGUACUCACUGACCCCUGCUGGGGAGGUGGAGUGUUUUUGGCCAAAUAUUUGAACCUUCCUUUGGUUUAUAAUGUUCGCUGGCUGAUAGCUGGAGAAGGUCAUCUUGCCAUUGCUCCUUCUCCCCUGUCAUAUAUUCCUAUUACUGGAUCUGGCUACACUGAUAAGAUGACUUUUUUCCAAAGAGUUAAAAAUGUGGUUUUGCAUCUAAUAACCCAAACACAACACCAACUGGUGGUUAAACUGAUAUACCAGAAAAUAUGUGACAAAUAUCUUGGGCCUGAUAAUGACUUUUACCAGUUAAUGCUUAGUGCAGACAUUUGGCUGAUGAGAGUCGACUUUGUGUUUGAGUUUCCUCGUCCCACCAUGCCUAAUGUCAUCUACAUAGGCGGGUUUCAAUGUAAACCUGCAGAACCUCUGCCUCAACACCUGGAGGAGUUUGUGCAGAGUUCUGGAGAGCAUGGAGUCAUCAUCAUGUCUCUGGGGACUUUUGUAAAUGAACUUCCUGCUGACAUGGCAGAUGAGAUCGCUGCAACAUUUGACAAAUUACCUCAGAAAGUCAUCUGGAGGUAUAAAGGUGAAAGACCAGCCACUCUGGGCAACAACACUUUAAUAGUUGACUGGAUGCCACAGAAUGACCUCCUGGGACAUCCAAAGGUCAAACUGUUUGUGGCUCAUGGAGGAACAAAUGGAGUUCAAGAAGCAAUUUAUCAUGGAGUCCCAGUUGUGGGUUUACCUUUGUUCUUUGAUCAAUAUGACAACCUGCUGCGACUGAAAGAGAGAGGAGCAGCUAAGGUUCUAACCAUUAAUACAGUGGACAAAGACAACAACUUCCUGGAAGCCAUACAAGAAGUCCUGACUGAGCCCUCCUACAGGAUGAACAUGCAGAGACUCUCCAGGCUGCACAGAGAUCAACCAAUAACACCACUGGAUAAUGCCCUCUUCUGGAUAGAGUUUGUCAUGAGACACAAAGGUGCAGCUCACCUAAGAACAGAGUCUUACAGACUGCCCUGGUAUUCCUACCACUCUGUAGAUGUAUUUUUGUUCCUGGCUGGAGCUGUGCUGCUUGUGCUUUUAACUAUUUUCAUCUUGAUGAGGUGUUUAUACACUGCAGUGUGUAAACCUAAAGUGAAACGUGACUAAUCAUUCAGGGGAUGUACAUUUUAGACAUUAAUUUAUUUUAAAGAAAACUAAUAAUAUCAGUACAAGGGUGAUUUUUGCUAAUUUUGAGAUGAAGGUAUGAUUCAUUUAACUGCCCUGAUAACAUUUUGACAGUAAAGCAAAGUCAAAGUUUUGUAAAGCCAAUGUAUGGUGGUGUGUUAUUUUAAUUUGUUUGAUAUUGAUAUUUUAGUAAAAAUAUUUAUAUUAAUUAAAUGGAUGUUUUAACCUUUUUUGCACUCAACACUGUACAAAUAAAAUACUGAGAAUUAAUGAAAAAUGACAACAGGAAGUGGAAAUUAUAUUGGCAGUUUUAUGCUUUGUGUUGUCUUUGUUGGAGCUAUUUUCUUUUUGCUGUUGUUUUUGAUGGAUUUUUUUAUUUGUUUGUAUUGUCUUAUUAUUCAUUUUAUGAUCAGUCUUAUCUUUUCUCUUUCUCUCUCUCCCAACCCAUACAGUAAAAAUUAUAGUCUGGUCUAUAUGAAAAGUGCUCUGAAAUGCUCUGAUGGUUUGUUGCUAUGUAAAUAAAAUUUAUUUGACCUGA